AUGAAAUCCGUAAGAUCUUGCCCUUUUUUGUGGCCUUUUUGAGUUUGAAACGUGUUGAAACGUCCGAGAACCACUUUCAGAAGACGUCUUCGAAAAACUUGGGCAAAUUGAUGCGAAGCGGUGAGACCGACGAGGCAGCUCCGCAGAAUCCGCACGAUCAGAAGGACACGUCGAGCCUGGCCGAGGUCAUCAUCGCUCGAAAAAGAGAGGUUCGUCGCGAGAAAAUUUCUAGAUCACCUGCCUGCAAACCUAUAAUUUAAUUUCGGCCCGUUACCCUUGACAACACGCACAGAUGCUCGUGUUCUCUAAAUAAACGCGAAAAUGCCAUGGCAAAAUCGGGGCCUGUGACGAAUUAGAGGAAGAUGCUUCGGAAAAAUCACAGAAAAAUCACAUGGUCUGUAGAUUUCUUAAUCAGGAAGCAAAUAAUCGAUUUUUCCGAUUUGAGUUAGAAAAAUAUGUGCACUUUAAGGGAGGGGAUGGCAAUGAAAAUGCAUAAUUUCAGCUAAUUUUUUGCAGAAACAAAUCGCCGAGGAGCUCGCGCAGUUGGACACUGCAUCGUUCGAAUCUCUGCUGAGAAACGCGGCUUCUUGCGCCAACAAACCUGUUAGUUUAGGGGAAAAAUGGUCAAACUCGCAUGUUUCUCUCUAUAUUUAACCAUAUGACUCACAUUCUCCAAUUUUCCAUCUCAAAACAAUUGAAAUAAGUUUUCUUUAAAUAUUGUCGGCAUGAACAAGCGUUUCCGAUGAAUCACAGGAAAUUGUUUGUUCGUUAUAUAUUUUUUUCUUCUCAUCCGUUUCUCAUUUUUAUAUAUCCGUCCUCUGCAUCCGAUGAGAAUUGAGCGGAAGAAUUUUUUUUAUGGAAUAUGAUCAACUGACGAAAUGUACAACAAACACCGUCUUUGAAAUCAUUUUCUAAAAGGGGUUUUAAAAAUUCGUCCGUGUUCUUCCGUUCUAUAAAGAAAAUCUGCAAAUUCCAUUAUUAUUCCUACACUUUUGCUCAGAGGCUCGGCGCCCUUGCGCAAGUGCGCUCCGCUGCUAAAGCGAUGAUUUUCACACUCGUACCCGCUGCUUUCUGUUUCUUUUUCUGUUUGUGUGUGCACUCGGGGACACUUUUUUGCGUUUCACUUUAGAAGUCAACGUUUUCGAACUGUUUGCCAGGGCGUUCAGCAAUAAGUUUUCAGUCAAGUUCUAGUUAUUUUUGCUAAAGUACUAUAAUGAUACUGCAAAAUAUUAAAAUUAGACUGUAAAGAGCGGAAAUCUGUUCGAUUAGAGCGUAAUAGAAUCGAAAUUCGACUAAUUAGACUGAUCGCAUUUCGAAUCUACAUUUUUGCAAACUAAACCGAUGUUCGCUCUUUACAGUCUAAUUGGAAUACUUUGCAGUAUCAGUGUAGUAAAUUGCCAAUGUAACCUGCUAGAAUCAAUGAAAGCUUCAUCUUAGAUGUACUUGUUUUUGCAAGUAUUAUUGAGUAAUCACAUGAAAAAGCUUUGGAUCAGUAAUCUCGCUUGUAAACAUCUCAAAGUCCAAAAAGGUUCAAAUUGACCGGCGAAUGAUUCUUCGCCGGGCCGCCGGUGAGAAACAUGCGAAAAAACAACGCUCGUUGCAACAAACUCCUCUUUUCCGCCACUUUUCUCUCUUCUUUUAGUCUGUUCUUUCUCGGUUAUCACCUGUUGACAUAACCCCCGCUCUCUCCCUCUCCUACUCCUUCUCCUUCUCUUUUUUCUUCUUCUUCUUUUGCUGCCGUGGCCCCCACGUGUAGUCUCUUCCACUUGCACACAAAAGCAAAGAAAUGAGCUCUUUCGAUCUGUUUUGUGCUUUCUGGCACACAGAAUUUCAUCACCAGGUCACAGAUUUGUUUGCAUGUUCCAGAAAUUGCAAAAAUAGGAGUGAUGCAAUUGUAAUGACAAAUCUUGUGACUUUGAACCCUAGAAUAUUCGUUUGGCAGUGAGGCCUUAAAAUUGGAUAUUGUCCAAUUUAGCCUGAAAAUUUUGAGCCAAAUUACUCGAUCUCGAGAUCAAACAUCAGAAAACAACAUUUUUCGCUUUCAAACCGACCGAACAUCAAAAAAUAGAAUAAUAAUCGAAUUUCGAGCGGUUCGCAGGUCUUUUCCCAGCUAGUCUAUCAUUUCCCGUUAAAUUCUAUCGAAAACCCGCAAUUUUUACAGGAUUUGCUAAAAGUACCAUCUGGAGUGAAUCCGGCAAUCAUGGGUCUGAUCGACGACGCGAAAGAGCGUCUGGCCGCCGAAAAGGACAAUAACUCGUCGUCGCUGUCGCCCGUCAAGGCUCCGUUAGUUCAAUUUUCACGCUCCGAGAUAAUUUUUGGUUCCUUUUCGUUUUUGGCUGAUUUUUCACUCGUAUUUUCGGACGCUUUUGCUGGAUGUCGUGUCGUGAUUUUCAUUGAUUUCCAUUCAUUCAAAACGUCCCAAAUUUCAGUGUCAAAUUGGACGAGGUCAUCGAAUUCAUCGAUGACGGGUACUAACCAAACUAUUUUUCGGAAGGCGCCCGAGUCUUGCUAACCCUUUCCCGUUUUGCAGAGCCGAAGAGGAGGAGACCGGUAAAGAGCCGCUCAACUUGUCGGUUUUCAUCAACAAAACGAACAUUUUGAUGCCGCAACGUGGCAAUCCGGUCACCGAUUUGGACGGCGAGCAGCAGAAGCACAACGAGGAGGAGUACGUGAAAUUGGACCUGGUCUUGCAAUAUUACAAUCGGUCCAAAACUUUGCAGGCUUUUUGGAUUUGGACAUAAGUAUUUUGGGUCCAAAUUUCAGACCGGUCAGAUGAUCUGAUCUAAAAAUAUGCUGGUUUUAGCUUCAAACCAGUAUUAUGAAUUCGCCCGAAUGUGCGACUUGGCGCGGUUCUCGAUGGUGGAUCUUGCACAGAGCGAAACUUUUCAAGCUGCAGUUUGGCGCCUAAAAAUGUGAGGGGGGAUACGGUAGAUCACAAAUUUUCCCAUUUUCGUACAGAUUUCUAAAGAUGAACAAAAAGAAAAUGGUAUAAAAUCCGUUUUUAGUGCAUUUUGUUAAUAUUUGUAAGAGAAAGCCGUCUAAAAUCGACGCUCUUGUCAGAAAAUUGUGAUCUACCGCAUUCUCUCUCAAAUUCAAAGGCGCAGAACUCCAGUUUCAACAGUUUCGCUCCGUGCGAGACCCGUCAUCGAAUGCAGAAUCAAUCCCUGGAGCAGAUAGGCCUAUUUUAAUCCAAGUCCUUAAAGCCUGCAAAAUUUGAAUCCGAUUGGAAUAUUGUAAGUGGGCCUUCGCAAAGUCUAAACCGCCUUUUUCCCCAUCUCUGUCGAAAAACCUUAAUUUUCUGCAGAUCCGAACUCGAGAACUACUAUGACGAUCCGGUGUCGCGGAUGGAAAUGGGCCGCGCUUCGCCGCCAAUCCAAAUGUGCGAUCUGCUGAAGAUGAACGAUUCGAACGAGACGCUCAGCGAAAAGUACUAUUCGAGCCAGAGAAACAAUGUUUGUGAUGAGGUUUGAUCACGCAAUUAAAAAAAAAACAACGGAUUUCUCUUGUUUCAGCGUGAGCAAACCGAAUUUAUCGCGCAGAAAAACUUGCGCGAGCUGAGCCGCGUCGAGUCGAUCCUUUCGCCGGCGUCCAAGGGCGGCGCGUUCACGACGUUCCACAACGCGAAUACGGUGAUCGGGUGCGAUUUGGGCGCUGUCAACCCGGUGUCCGCCUCCAACUUUUCUGUCUUCCAAACGUGCACGGCGAACGGACGCCUCCUUCCCGCCAUCCCGCGCAAGUUCUACCCGCCCGACGUGGCGGCCGCAGAGAACAGGCCGCGUGCGGUGGUGCGCAGCGGUCCAAAGCCGCCUGUCACGAUAAUGCUGACCACUUCCACGGCUCCGUCGCUCCUCACGACUUCAGUUUCCGAGUCGUACACUACAAAUCUGUCAUCGAACUCGUCGAUGGACACGACGCCUCCGCCGCCGCCGCCUCCUCCGCCAACUCAGUCGACGGUUUCGGAUAAAAAUAAACGGAAACGGGCGAAAAAGGCGGCGAAGAAGGCGGCGUUGGCGGCAGCCGCGGCCGGAGACGACGCGGACGAGGUGGAGGAGAAGGAAGAGGCGGACGAGGAGAAGGAGGAGGUGGCGGAUGAGGAGGAGAAAGAGAACAAGGAGGAGGAGAUGACUGAAGAGGAGCGGGAAGCCCGUAGAGCCAAGAAUCGCAAGGCGAAGGAGAAGAAGAAGCAGAAGAAGGAAAAGGAGGCGAAGGCGAUGGAGGAGGUGCAGAAUCAGAUCAAGCAGCAGAGCCAGGAGGCGGAGAAGACGAAGACGGUUCGUUUGGCAGGGGGUUUUAGAGCAUUUUCAGCGGUUCCUGUUCAUUUCCAACAGUUUUGUUUUCGGUCGAUCCGAGGAAAAUAUUUUAUGACAUUUUUGGAUCAAUUAGGGUAUUGAAAAAUGGGAAAUUCUCUGCUUUACACGGCCGUCGCACUCACGCACAAAACGUUAAGCCUGUGGGUUUGCCAGCACAUUUCGAAACAUUUAUGGAUCGAUCAUAUCAUCGUCUCUCCGUGUUCUCCGUAAUUAGCCUCGUUAAGUCGCGGGUCUCGACACGACGACAGCAGUUCCAUUCGAUUCCGUUUGUUCGUCGUUUUGCGUCUUUGGUUAUUAUCAAACGGUGUGUAUCGAUUUCACAUUAGUUCUUUCUAUCUCUCUCUCCCUUUCGGUACGCUGUUGCCAUUCAUUCCGCCUCGUAGCCGAUAUUGACUUUUUUGCCGGUCGGCACGACGAUAUGGCGGCACAGUCGAGUCGUCUCUCGGUGGUGAUAAGAAGAAGAAGACGGCGAGAAGAGAAGAGCGUUUUCCCCGUUUUUUAGACCCACAACUUUGGAUUGUUUUUUUUUCGAUUUGACCUACUCCAUUUAUUGCUUCUGCUCUACCCUGAAAUACAGUGGGAAAACUUGGAGUCUCUUUCGCAAAAACAAACCAAUUUCACAAUAUUUCUCUCUCUCCAUUUUAUCACCGCAAAACAGAGCCUGAUUCUUUCACAAUUUCCGAAUCGAAUUUGAUUUGCGAUAAACGAAAGUGGCACCAUUUUGAAAGCCAACAACCAUAUUCGUUAUUAUUUGCCUCUUCACACUCGAAUUGCACUCUCGUAGCGCCGAUUGUUAUGUCCAAUGUUCUGUUUCUCGUUUUCUCUUUUCCUCUCGUUCUCUCGCUCUCUUUUGCACUUUUUUAUUAUCGCCUCCAUUCUCGCAGUUACCACCAUCAUCACCGCACAAGCAUCGUCCGAAUCUCGCCCGAUGUCACCGCCCGAAUCAUCUGCCACGCCGAUCGUCGUCUCUGGAAGUUCCGGACCGUCUUCUUCCACCGCUGGAAGAUCGGACGAAGUGGAAGGAAGGGAACUGGUCGCCGUCGCUGAAUCUUCCUCCGAGCGCCCGGAAUCGCCUCCGAUCUAUCCGCGUCGGAUGCGCGACGUGUUCGGCGACGAUCAGGAGGAGACGAGCCAGCAGCAGGUGGCUCGUUUCAUGGGCGCUCAACAGUUGGGCAUUGUCGAGAAACUGAACUUUUGCCACAUUUUUGGAUACCAUCCGAUUAGCGUUUUUGUGAGUUUCGCACUAAAACAAAUUUGAUGGGAAGGGCGAACAAUUUAUUUUCCUUCUUCGUCUUCUCUCCUAUCUUGAUCGCCGCAAUCAUGUGAUGCAAUUUUAUAAUAUCCAAUGCCAAAAUAGCAAAUUUAAAGGGAACGCCAAAAAAAAGCAAAGUUUAAUGUAAUGUGAUUCAUGGGUUGAGUAUAAAAUGAGAAAUCUUUGACGUUAAUCUAAGUAGGAGAGAAGCGAAUUGGAUUCUUGACAAAAAUGUAGUUGUAUAGUGCCUUGGCUCUUUCUCACACAUGCACACACACACACACACUCACGCGCGCCAUUCGUUCUCAUUUUCAUCCGUGGUCCCCCGUUAGUCAUUGGAGGAAUCGCUGUGGAAAAUAAACAAAAUGGGCCGGAUGACUCAUCUGACUGUCCGUUUCUGCUGUUCUUUUUUACAUUUUCUCUCUCUCUCUCUCUCUCGCUAUGAUUAUUUCCAUCACCGCCUGCGUUCUCUUCCCGCAGUUCUCGCUUUUCCGCGUUUUUUUGUCCGCCUGCGUUCAAUGCGUUCGCAUUCCCAUCUGCUAUUGGUGACACCACGUCGAACCGGCGGCAGUUUGUCCUUAUUCUUCUUCUUCUUCAUCUUGGUCGUCGUCGGGACACGGCGUUUUUCCUAACUGGCAGUUUUUCUAGCCCCGUGCCAAUUUUCCAGUCCCUAGAAGCAAUCUCAUCACCGUCGUCCUAUACUGCGAAUCGAAUCGGCCACCACCUCCGCCAUUUUUUUGCUGCUGCGUUGCACGGUGUCGUCCCAGAUCUGGCCUGUCUCUUCUUCUUCUUCUUCUUCGCUUCAUUGAGAGAUGUAUAAACGCACUGGCGUCGCUCCCCUUCUUUUUCUUCUUCUUAUUCUUCUUCGUGCGCUUCCGAGGCCAUGCACUAUUGUGUGGCAGCUCGGAAUUGACUUUUCAUCACGAGAAGGCGGCGGGCGGGCGGCCGGUGAGCAUGUGUGUGGCGCGUCCCGCCCGCCCGGCAGAAGAGGUGUCCGCUUCUGCUCUCGCUUUCUUCUUUUCCUUCUUCUUCUUCUUCUUCUUCUUCGCGUCCCCCAAAUUUUCUGCGUCUUUGCCGUUUUCGGACCUCCUAACGCACUAUUGAACACAUGUUCUUCGCAUGUACUUUUUCGUCCGUCUUUUGAGCUCUCUUUGACUACGGUAGACUCCAUUCAUCAAUCUCUCGCUCGCUCGCUCUCUCUCUCACGUCCUAUCUUGCGAUUGCGUCGCUUAUCAAGCUGAUAAGACGGCGCCGGCCGGAGCACUCUUCGCCCCGUUUUCCGACGUCAAUUCGUCAAACCCCGCCACUUUUAGUCGCACAGUUCUGCACUUAUCUCUUCGGUAUCGAUAUCGAUUCGAUUUCGUCUCUCUGACAUCGUUGUCGUCAACGUCACCGUUACCGUUAGCGGCAUCUUCCUUUCUCUCUCCCUCUCUCUCUCUUUGUCACUUUCUGACAUCUCACUUUGUUGUAGACUACGGUGGCGCGGGCCGGCAUUCGGCAGCAGGGGGUUCGAUGAACCUGUGGUGGUACAUCCAGGUCAUUCAAAACCAUCCCGGCCAGUUUCUGGCUCCGGCUCUGUUGCUCAUCAUGAUCGGCUACAAACUGACUUAUUUCUUCUUCAAGCAGGUUUGUAGAUGAUGUGGCAAAAGAACACUGUGUUUAUUGAUUGAUUAGUUUGCGGCGAAAACGUAAUAAAAAUGUUGGGAAUGAACAGAGAGCUGAUAAGCGCAGACUGGUGGCAUGAUAAUAAUAGCCCAGAACUGUGUACUUUGUGCGAGGUCAAAGAAAAAAUUAUGAGAAAAAUAAACAAACAAGAGUCGGAGUUUGCCGCGAAACUAAUUCAUUGCUUUUUGCAGGUCGGAUCGAACUCCUCGCAAGAGGAAUCGCCGAAAAACGCUAAUCGUCCGCGUACGGCCGCCGGUAAGAACAAAAAGGGCGACAAGAAUGUGAACUCGGAGUACACGGUUGCACAGAACGGUGAGGAGACGCACACCCGGGCUCUUGGCUCUUUAUACUGGGAUUUGGGCGGUCGAAUGUCGAGUACAACCACCAGAACGGGCAGGAAAUUGAACAUUUUCGAAACUGCUAUCUUUCAAUGUGAAUGCGCUCUGUUUAGUGAGCGCUUUUUUCAGUUAAUUUCAAUUCUGGAAGAGUUUUCUCUAUUUUUAAUUCGAGCACAGCGCAUUCACUUUGAAAAGGCCUCGAUGGUAGGCGAUUUCCUCCCAUCUCGUCACGAACGAUCGUUCAGAAAAUUCUGAAUUUGGUGACGUUGUUCUUCGACAUUUACUGCCCACCCCCAUAAUAUUUCCAUCAUCAUCAUCAUCAUCUCUCACAUUUCCUAAGAUUUCUUGUAAGGGUGCAAUACGUGUUUUGAGGCUAAAUUCGACUUUUCACUUUCGAGAUGUUCAGUCAAACUAUUUAAAAACGUGGAAAUGUUUCGACACGACUUUUUUUUAUGGGUUUGGAAAAACCAGUCGGAAACUUGUCAAACAUUCAUGGAACCCCAGCACGUUUCCCCACUUUUUUCUCUCUUUUCAUCACCAAGUUCCUGAUUUGUAUAAGUGUGGUCUCCUUUUUCUUCGCCAAAGAAACCGAACUGUGCUCUCCGAAGUUUCGCAUGCAAGGUGUCUUUGCGCAUCGAACACGUGGUGAUAUGUUUUGAAAUUUCAGAACGAAAGAAAUUCGUUCGUGAUUGCGCUAAAGCUAUAGGAUUGACGCUGGUUGAUGGUAAGUGAAAGAAAAAAAAAUGAAAAUUUGCUCUUACACACACACACACACAAACACCUACAAUAUCCGCCCCUCUCGUCUUUCUCUGCGUGUCAUUCCUUCGUUUUGCAUGGAAAUGCUGUCCGUUUCGUUCCUUUUUUCCGUUCGGCGUCGCCUAUUACAGGAUUGUAUAAUUUCCGUCGUCCCAACUGCCACUUAACAUUGUCUUCUUCUCCUCCUUCUUCGUUCCACUUUGGAACGGAAAUUUGAGAAGACGUACUACACUGGUCAACAGAUGGAUUAGGCUAAUCGGAUAGGAAUGGAAACGAAAACUUGAGUGUCCACCGCUGCACUUUGCGAGUUCAAUGGUCUAUUUUGGUCGGGGGAAUAGCAAAAACGUCGCGAUGGCAUUUGUAUUAGCAAUUAUUGGUCUAGUGUUUGGAGUCUGCUUUUUUUUCAGUCAGAAUUCGCUUCUGCUUCUGUUUGUCGUGUUCUUGCUUACUUGGUGUGAGAUUCUCCUGUCUUCUUCCCCAGGCUUUCACGGAAAAUUUUGCUUCCCAACAAUUCCGAUAAAAAUUGGUUUUUGUCAAACAAAUAACCAUUUUUAUGAAUAACAAGCAGGAAAUGGACGGAUCCCUUACAUAAAACACAUUUUUAUCUAUAGUCUUUCUUAUAUUUUUCUUAGAACUCGGAAUUUCCGAGAAAGCCUGUUCCUCGCCCAUUUCGACCGGGCGCGCAUCGUCUCGUCGCUUCUGACGACGUCUCCUUCUCUCUCCUCUCUUUCUUUUUCUCUCUCUUCCCUUCCCCGUGACCUUGCUGCUCGCAGUCCUUUCUCGGUGUGUCUGCGCAUCGCCCGAAAGCGUGCUGGUCCAUUUUUGGACGAAAGGAAUGGAAAAACGGAGGAGGAAAAAGAGAGAAAAAGACGGUUGGAUAGACUCACGUCGUUUUCGUUCCGCUCCGCACGGGGACGCGCAGCGCGGCGCCCUCGCCCAUCUGUGUUUUUUCGAUUCGGUUCGGUUCGGUUCGUUUCUGACCACCAGUGGAUUGGAUUGGACACUCUUCGCCCUCUGCGUCUCUCCACAUUCGGUCGCCAAGCUUUUACUGGCGCGCGCGCGCGUCCUCGGCCCUCUGAGACGAAAAAAAUGACACGGCGGCGGCGGUAGGCGACUCAUCGAUAGUUUAGCCGUUCUUUUUUCCUCACUUUUGCGUUCUUUCUCUGGCUUUUUGCGGUUUCGAAUGAAUGCCUCUCGAGAAGAAACGAAACACACGUUUUGUUUACCCAUCUUCAUGCGAAUCGAUAGUUACGUUCGUUUCUUUUCUUUUCAGUUUUCGGUUGGGUUGUACUCACAGCACGUUGGAAGUCGGAUUGCACCUUCCUAACUUUUCUCUCUCUCUCUCUCUCUCUCCCCCGAUCCAUUUUUUCAUUCUCCCUCCUGCUUCCCAUGUUUUCCCUCAAUUUCUGUCGCGAAUUUCCAAUUUUUAAUUGUAGGAGAGCACGAGAGAGCGCUGGAGGAACUGCUGCGGGAGCUCGACAUUGGCACUCUUUCGGAUUUGACGGAGAAUCCGAAGAAGAAGAAGAAGCUGAUAACGCUGCAGCGUGAUCGCGAUAUCGAGCGAUUCGGUACGCCGAAUCCGACGGCUGCUCACAAGAACAUCAAUCAGAACAAGACCAACGCGAACAGCAAUAGUAACAACAACAACAACAACAAUAAGAAGCAGCAACAACAGCAGCAAAAGCAGAAUCAGAAUCAGAAGAAGCAGCAGCAGCAGAAAGAGGAAGCUGAACCAUCGGACGACGAAAGCACUUCGGAGACGGUCAUCGCCGAAAAAGACGCUGGAAAGAACAAGAAACAGCAGCCACAGCCACAGGCGCAGCAGCAGAAGAAGGAACAGCAGCAGCAGCAGCAGCAAAAGGGCGGAAAAAAGAUGGAUGAGGUCGCCGUUGCCGCUUCUAUCACGUACGUGUGUCUUCUCCAAAAUUUCUUCUUCUUACCCUUAUUUUUACGGUAUUUUUGUUGCGGUGUGGUGUUUGCAGACGCCUGCAAAUGCCGUAACUGACAGUUUUGAAACUUUAAAGGCUUUUAUUGGAUUUCGGAACAAUUUUACCCCUUAAUUUUGCGUCAAUUCCUGUAAUUAAUAGUAUUUUCAGCAAACGUUGCUCUUCUGGAGUCGGCCAGCAAUCGGAGGAGGACGACGAUCAGUCGUACGUGUCUGCGCAGGAGAACCUCGGCGGAUCGACGAGCCGUUUGUCGACACCACCGGUAACACUCGACUCUGCCACCCAUCACACCGCCUGCCAGUCUCCAACUUUACAGACGGAAUUCGUCGACGCUCGCCAAUCCCGCGACGACGCUCUUGACAAUGUGAUGUCGGAUCUGAACAACUAUUGCGCGAACGACAAGAUUGACAUGCUCGCGAAGCAGUUGGCCGAGGAGGAGGAGUUUAUAACAGUGGGCAGCAAGAACAGCAAGAAGAAGAACAAGAAGCAGUCGUCGCUGCCAACCACGACAUCCUCUUCGACGACGACGGAGAUCAUCUCGACGUCCUCGACGGCUUCCUCUUCAUCUCCGCCCGGCCGUCGUGGCACCAACGACUCGACCUCUUCUGUCAGCAACGUCGCCAGUGCAUCGUCUUCUGGAUCUUCUGGAGGUCAUCAGAAUCAGAGAUCCAACAAUCGGCCGGUGGCGCAUCCGACCACUCUCGGCGACUUUAUGGAGGCGACAAAGAAGGAGACGCACAAAAAUGCGAAGCACAAGAAGGCGAGUCCGGUAGUACAGCAACAGAAGAAGCCGCUGGACGAGUUGGCUCCGCUCGCAUCGCCCAACUUUGCGGACACUGCCGCCGAGACGCCGAUUUCUGUGAAUACGGUAUGUUUGUGUCGUAGAAUUGCGUGUAUUCACGACGUACGUAAUGUGCGCGUAGCAAUGCACCAACCACACUCCGCCAUUUCGGUCGUGUUGGUCACACAGUUGUUGUGUGUACCCUCCGCCUCCCCUUUCCGAUUGUUAUUGAUUUUUUCCAUUUUUGUCAUUUUUGCAGGCGCCCGCUUUCUCUUACGCCGACGCCGCAAAGAAAACUUCUGGAGACAAUACUCCGGCCCACGAGAUGUCGCCAGUGCCACAGCCACCAGCCUUCAACGCCUCUGCCGUUUCUCCGUCCUCUUCUUCGGCCAAAAAGUCGUCCCCACCGCCAGUGGUUGAGGAGAAAAAGGACGUGGCCGCCGCGCAGCCGUCUUCUUCUCAGCCAGCAGUGACGUUUGCCACCGCCGUCGCCGGAGGAGCCGUUCAACUGCCACCUUCGACGGCCGCCGCCACGGACAUUUCGUUCGGAUACGAAGAGACUCCGGGUGAGUCAAAGAAAUCGACCAAGGGACCGAAUGAGCAAGUUGCGCCAGUUUCAGAGGAUAAGAAGAAGCGUCAGCAACAGCAGAAGCAAAAGAAGGGCAAGUCGCCGCCGCCGCAGAAGCAGCAGCAACAGCAGCAGCAGCAAAGAAUGAACGGAGUGGAUCUGAUCAAAUCGCUGGCGAACACGCAGAAGACGAACGCCGAGCAGCAGAAGGAGGACGGAUCGGCGGAACUCCGUCAGAUGCCUACCAACGGAGCGGUAAGAGACGAGCAUUUUUAGGGCGGAUAUUGAGAUGAAAUUGUGAUUUUCAGACCACCGAAAGUGCCGUUCAAAUCCUCGAAAACUGGAAGCAACUUUGGGAUGAUUUCAUCAACAAAGGACCGAGUGAGUUGAGAUUCAAAUUUUGAAGCUGUUUUCUUUGUUGCUUUUGCUGGAAAAGUUGUCAAUCUCCCUGGAAGUGCUGGCCGAUAGGCUUGUUUGAGAUUUUGGGACCGUUUUUGGUCAUCCAACCAGAUCCUAACUCUACAAUACUUUCAGUAUUGAUUUGGAGUAUCUACCUUUAAAGUUUCAACUCGAUUGGAUUGUCGGAUCAAUUAGGGUGCUAAAAAAGCUAGUUCUGCGCUUUACACGCUGGAAAUUUUGCUAGAAACCAGGAGCAAGUCGCGCAUUAGCGGCGCACAAACAAGGCUCGAAAAUACUAGAAAAAUGAAAAAUACUGCUUCCAUACCGUCAAGUUUCCCAUUUUCAGAGCCGGUGUACUACAGGUCGUCGAACAGAGAUGGCAAGCAAUAA